UUCUUCCUAAAUCAAGAAUCUCACCUUUUUUAGAUGAAAUGCAUCAAUCAGUCCCACAAAUGAAGAAUCCAAUUCCUUCUUUUUCAUUUUUCCUCUAUCAACAUAAAUUCUUUGCUUGGGACUUUCAUCUCUGUUGAAAAUCUUAAAUCAAAACACUUCCUGUUCUUUGUACCAUCCCCAACCCACUUCACAUUUUUGCACUUCAAUCAGGAAUUGAUCAGUCAGAAUGGCUAAUGUAGUGGAAUUGAAGGUUUUUUUGCAUUGUGAGGAGUGCAUCAAGAAGAUUCUCAAAGCCAUCAAGAAAAUCCAAGAUAUAGAGACAUAUAAUGUUGAUAUGGAGAUGAACAAGGUGAUUGUUACAGGCAAUGUCACUAAAGAAGAAGUCAUCAAAGUUCUUCAGAAAAUUAGGAAAACUGCAAUUCCAUGGCAAGCUGAUGGACUCAACAACAUUGAUUGAUUGCAGAAGAGAGAAUAAUACUUGAGGUUUAGAUGUAGUUAGUGAUGGAUCUACUUUGUUGAGAAUGUUGGGACUCUUUUUAUUAUAUUAUGAUCGAAAGUAAGACUUGAUACAAAUUUA